AUAAUUUAUAUAGUUUAUAUAAAUCCAUUUUUAAAAAUAAAUAAAAUAUUAGUAAAAGAGAGGGAAUACAAAUCGAACGACAAUCUAUGUAUUUCACUUGUUCAUGACAUAAGCAAACAUUAUGAGAAGGAGAAGAAAUACGUAAAUAGUGAUUUAAAAUACUGACGCAUUUGGAAGUAGAUACGUUUUGACAAAUUAUAGGAAAGAAUAGAGUAAUUUUACUAUAUUGUAGAAUUAAGCAAUGGAUAAUUUAGCAGCAAAAAGAAGUUACGAAGACGAUGAUGAUACACUAAAUGUCAAAGAGAGAAAAAAGCAACAUAUUGAUUUGUACCUAACCUAUGAUGUUUUACGACUUGUAUUCGAACAUUUGAAUUGGAUAGAUCUAUUGAAUGCUUCAAUGGUUUGCAGGUCUUGGUUAGAAGUGGCAAAUGAUGAGAAACGAACUAGGGGAGGUCCUGCCAGUUUAAUAAACAAUGGUAAAAGAUAUUUCAGAGUUAUACGAAAAUUACGGGACAAACCAGCAUUGGGAAUAGUUUUUAAAGGUUUACAUAAACGAAGCAUUAGGCAAGAUUGCCUUUGUCAAGUUCUUCCACAAAGUUGUGAUAUUGUAACACUGUCCACAUUUGGUAUACUUUUUGAAAAUGUAGAAAUGGAAGAAGUUUUUCAGAGAAGAGCAUAUGCAUUUCUACCAGAAAUACCUGAUGUAACAAUGAAAAUAAUUACAAUUAUUUCACGAAAUGAUUUUACACAGUAUUAUCAACAAAUGAGACUAGCUUUUGUCAAACGUGGAACUAAUAAUAGAUCUAAAUGCCUUCUAUUAUUUUGUAACCAAGCAGGUCGUGCUCUAGCACAGAGAACUGCAAGGAUAUUACAAUUAUGUAAUGAAAGUGUUAGACCUGCUGUGUGGGGAGGAGUAGUCAAGGAUUUAUAUGUGUGCAAUUCAAAAAAUGUUAAUCAUGAUGAGAGAUGCUUUUCAUAUGCAUUUUGUGUUGGAAUUAUUAUAGUUGGAGCAAUAGAUUCAUGGUCUAUUGUUAUGGAUAAUCGUUGCAACACUAAAGAACUAGUUGAACGGAAGUUGGAAUCAUUUAAGAAUAGUAUUUCAUUAAGAAAACAUUCCAUAGGUUACAUGUUUGCGUGUUGUGAACGUGGAAAAAAAAUGUUUAAAGAAAGUCAUGUAGAGUCUACUAUUUUCAAAAAGCUGUUUCCAAAGGUACCAUUGAUAGGCUGUUUCGGUGACGGAGAAUUCGGAGAAAAUACGACAUCAAGCAAGAAAAUUAAUUAUGCAGAAGACUACUGGUACCAUGAAAAGUCUACGGUAUUUUUAAUAAUUACAUAUGGCCAGAAAUUGACUUAAAUUUAUAACAAAAAAAUUUGAAUUAUCAAUUAUUUGAUAUAUUUUAAGUGGCUAAUUGUAACAUAAAAAAUA